AUGAGCACUUGUACAAUGAUUAAUAACGGAAACGGAGAUAUUAACUAUACAGAAAGUAACCGACAAAAUAAUCAACAAACAAAAUUAAGAUUAAAAAAUUUUAAAAAAUUGAGAGAUUUGGGACGUGGAGCUUAUGGAAUUUGUGGACUUUAUAAGGAUGAGAGAAGUAUUUUAAAUAAACAAGUAGUAAUUAAAAGGGUAUCUUUGGAAUGCAAAAGUGAAAAUGAAAAACAAAAAAUUUCAUACGAAGCUAAUCUUCUUAGAAAAUUAAUUCAUCCAAAUAUUAUUCGUUUACAAGAUUCUUUUAUUGAAACAGAGCAAUUAUGUAUUGUUAUGGAAUAUCUUGAAGGGGGAACUUUGGAUAGAAUGUUACAGGAAAGAAAAGGAAUAAAAAUGGGGCAAGAUUUGAUACUCUACUAUUUUACUCAGCUAACAAUGGCCAUUGACUACAUUCAUGCAAUGAAAGUACUUCAUAGGGAUAUAAAAACACAAAAUAUUUUUCUCAAUCGAAAGAUGACAAUUGUUAAAGUUGGGGAUUUUGGAAUAAGCAAAGAACUUAAUUCAAAAUGUCCACAAGCAUCCACAGUUAUUGGAACCCCAAAUUAUUUAUCUCCAGAAAUUUGCUCAGGACGUUCAUAUGAUGUAAAAUCAGAUAUUUGGUCAAUGGGUUGUGUUUUGUAUGAAAUGGUUGAAUUAAGGAAAGCUUAUGAAGGGGAAUCGUUAUCUUCCUUGUUAAUUCGAAUUGCUAGGGGAGAACAUGGCCCUAUUUCAUCUACAGUCACUCAAGAUAUGCGAAAUCUAGUUGAAUCUUUACUUAAUAUAGAUGAGAAUAAAAGACCAAGUACUACAGAAAUAUUGUUACGACCAAUGGUUCUUCGAAAAUGGAUGGAAAUACAUGAAAAUUUAGGGAGGAUUGAGCCAGAUAUUGAACUUUACACGAAAGAAACGCAUUCAGAAAAAGUAAAAUAAUAUUAUUAGAAUUAAAGAGAAGGGAAUGUUUUUUCUGUAAAUAAAAGAA